AUGGCGUCAUCGAACGGAAAAGAAAGUGGUAAAAUGACUGCGUCAAUAGACAGUUUGAAAUUGUCAAGUAAAAAUACUUCGAAACAUGCAUCUUCGGAGUCGGUUUUAUCGAAAAAGGACAAGGAAUGUCUGCAAAUGCAAGAGUGCAAGAAGAAGUUGCUUGCGAUGGAACCUCAAAUAAUCAUUCGGGAUGAAAAUGUGGUGCUCAGAUCGCCUCCGCAAAAGAAAAUUGUGAUGCCGCCCGUCGUCAACCCUGAGGUAUGU